CAUACUGCAAGUGACGCCUUCUCUCCAAUGGCAGCUCCCACUCUGAAACGAGUUAUUCUCUCUUCUCCAAAACCCAUAAAACCUCGGUCUCUCUACACCUUCUCCUCCCAAUCACCUACAUCAGCCGAUCAACCCCCUAUAGUCUCCACCGUCGUUUCACUUCUUACCCACCACCGCUCCAAAUCCCGAUGGAACCAUCUCCGCUCUCUCCUUUCCCCCACCACCAUCCUCUCCCCUAUCUACUUUUCCCAAAUUGUUCUCCAUUUAAAAUCGAAUCCCCAUCUUGCCCUCCGCUUCUUCCACUUCACUCUACGAAACUCUUUCUGCUCCCACAAUCUCUACUCCUACUCCACCAUCAUCCAUAUCCUUUCUCGGGCCCGCCUCAAGUCCCCGGCACAGUCCAUUAUCCGGGCUGCUCUCUCCUCACCCGUGCUGUUUGAUCAUAGCGUUACGCCAGUGAAAUUCUUUGAGGUGCUAGUGAAAACGUAUAGGGAAUGUGAUUCUGCUCCGUUUGUGUUUGAUCUGUUGAUAAAAUCUUGUCUAGAGUUGAAAAAGAUUGAUGGGUCUAUCGAGAUUGUGAGGAUGUUGAGGUCUCGUGGGAUUAACCCACAAAUUAAUACUUGUAAUUCGUUAAUUUGCAGCGUUUCAAGUUGUAAAGGGUCUUACGCGAGUUAUGGUCUCUUUAGGGAGGUUUUUGGAUCGAAAGAUAAUGAGACUGAGGGAGAUGUGAAAAGGAAUGUUAGAGCCAGGCCUAAUGUAAUCAGUUUCAAUGCGUUGAUGAUGGCGUCUUAUAGAGAUGGUGAAAUGGAGAUGGUGGAGGAAACAUGGAGGGAAAUGGAGAGAUUUGGAUGUGUUCCAAACGAGUUUAGCUACAGUAUCUUGAUGGCUACGUUAUGUGAGGAAGGAAAGAUAAAGGAAGCAGAGAAGUUAUGGGAAGAAAUGAGAGCAAGGGGAAUAAAGCCUGAUGUUGCAGCUUAUAAUACUGUCAUUGGUGGAUUUUGCGAGAUUGGGGAGAUUGGGAAAGCUGAGGAAAUUUUAAGAGAAAUGGAACUGAGUGGAGUAGAAAGUACUUGCAUUACUCUUGAGCACUUAAUUAUUGGCUACUGUAGAGUUGGGGAUGUUGAUUCAGCAAUUCUUGUGUAUAAAGAUAUGUGUAGGAAAGCUUUUAGGCCUGAAGCUUCAACAAUGGAUUUGUUGAUUGGAGGGCUUUGUGAGAAGAAAAGGGUUACUGAAGCUUUGGAGAUUUUGAGGAUCGCAAUGAGAAAUGUUAGUUUUCAUCCAAGUGGGAAGAGUUACGAGUUCUUGAUUAACGGGUUAUGCAAGGAUGGUAAGAUGGAAGAAGCACUGAAGCUUCAGGCCCAGAUGGCAGGCAAAGGGUUUGAGCCAAAUCCAAAGAUUUAUGGUGCUUUUAUUGAAGGGUAUAUGAAGUUAGAAAACGAGGAAAUGGUAGCAGCGUUAACGAAGGAAAUGUCUGAAGCUCAAAAGCGGCAGAAAGAGAAUUAAAAGUUUAUCAUUGACAAGCUGGGAGUCCCGUGCAACUCCAAUCAAUUUCAUCACUUGGCAAAGAUGCGAAACCAUGUACAAGUACAUAGCCAGAACAGAUGUUUGAGGGCUUCUAUUGAAUUGGCUGCCAUGCUCUUCGUGUUGCAAGUUGCAACAAGAUAAAAUGAAAUAUGAUGACGCAUAUUAAUUUAUCAUUGUAAAUGUUUGAUUUGACAUGCUUGUUUAUUUAAAUUGUCCUCGAUGAAUGCAUCAGCCAUUGUGCAUGUACAUUAUGUUCGUGCAUGGGCAAACUUGCCACCGCCUCAAGGUCAAGUAACUUCUCCUAUGGCCUGAAAUUGUAAUAGAAUUGCUUGCAAGUACUGUUAUUCUUCUAGCAAUGCAUUGUGCAUAUAUAAUGUGGUAUUCCAACACCUUUAUCGGUGACACCUGUUAAAAAUCAAUAGAAUUUCUUGGUAGCCGUUGACCUUAAUCAGCUAAGAUUUCUCUAUAUUUAUCUGCUACAAUGAUUUUUAUACUCAUAAGAUCAUUUGGUAUGAGCCAACUGAUAAGUAAGUGUUUGAAAAUGUCCAUAGAACAGAAGACAGCAGUUUCCAGUAUGUUUCAGCGAGGACAUUCGUUAAGUUCCUUCUUUAUGGACAAACGGAGAAGCAGUAGAUGUGAAGAAUUAGAAGUUGAUUCUUUGUCAGCUCAGUUAUGUUAAUUAACAAACGGUUUCAGUGGUUCCUGUUUGAAUCAGAUAUUGAGAGCAGGACAAUUCUCCAUCUAUUUGUAGAUGAAAUGAUCAGCAGUUUCCAAAAAAAAGAAUCUCAGUUGACACAGCAUGUACUUUAAAUCUUUGGCUUAUGUCACUAGAAGCCUUUCUCUACCUCAUUGAGAGCUAGAUUUUAGGUUUUCAUUGGAGUUGAUGAGAUUUUGGUGAAAACUUAUUUGUGCAAGAAAAGGAAAGCCUUACCUAAGCGUGGUGCAAACUAUAGCAUUUGCUGACGAGGAAAAGGCCUAUAGGAGGAAGAGUUGGUGCUGGGAAUUUAGAGUGUGCAGGGGUGUGUUGUGCAGAGAUAAUAAACUUGUGUUUCUUCCCAUCUCUACUCUGCCUUUGUUAUCGUUUGAAGCUUUUAUUUUGUCUUGUUGAGAAACAUUUCCAGCUCCCUUACUCUGUUUCUUCUAACAUGGUAUGAGAACCUAAGCCAUCCAUUACUACAUGGCAUAAGGGACCUGUGGCUAUUUGUUUUCAAGUAUUUUUUGUGUUUUUCUCUUGUUUUCUUGUAAGGGUUUUCGUAAUAAUUUAUGAGAGGUCAAAUGAUCACUGAGCCCUGUUUCAAAUA